UGCAGCUCCGCAGACUGGAGGUAGGGUGGAAAGCUGGCGCUGCUGCUGCUUCCGUGGAUCAGGUUGUGUGGUGCCACCUCAAGAUGAGCCGUUUCCUGAAUGUACUCCGCAGCUGGUUAGUUAUGGUGUCCAUCAUUGCAGUGGGGAACACAGUGCAAAGCUUCAGAGAUCACAGCUUUCUCUCUGAGAAACUAUACACAGGCAAACCAAGCCUUGUAAACGGCCUCCAGGCUCGGACCUUUGGCAUCUGGACCUUGCUCUCAUCUGUGAUUCGCUGCUACUGUGCCAUUGAUAUUCGCAACAAGACCCUCUAUAACAUCACCCUUUUGACCUUCUUCAUUGCCCUGGGCCACUUCCUCUCUGAAGUGUUUGUUUAUGGCACAGCAGCCGCAACGAUUGGUGUCCUGGCACCCCUAAUGGUGGCAAGUUUCUCCAUCCUGGGGAUGCUGAUUGGGCUGCAGUAUCUGGAAGUAGAAGCAACUUCACAGAACAAGAAACGGAACUGAAGUUACGGAUCCGGUAUCCAUUGGAUCUGCCUACCAGCCGACUGCCAGUGUCUACCACCACAUUAACUCCUUGACAUUCCCUUCCUCGCUUUGUACCCUACAAGUGAUCAGAACAUACUUGGACAUCUCUUUCCAUCAUCUUUUUGUAUCCCGUUGGUUUUGAUCUGAACAGGCAACUCCAGCGACAGGAGCAUAGCCGUACACAGCUGUUCCAAGCUGGCUGUGCCUUUCGCUGAUGGAGGGCACUGUCUUAAGGCAUCCUCAGUUCUGAUGGGGGAAGGGGGCCUCUCCACUAUCCGUUCCAAGUAAGGGGCAUAGAUUCCCACCCGACCCUCUGAACAUUGCAGGGUAUCCAGAAGAGAAGUAAUGUAGUGCUACCCAGGAUCCACUGGAAACGGUUGCAGGGAGAGUGAGCCAGGCAUAUCUGUUGGUGGCACACAGUAGGCUAUGUCUUUGUCCACAAGCAGGUUUCUAAUAAACAGAAAAUUGUGCAAA